CUCCCUAGAUUCCAGAUUUGAACAUAGCUCCCAACACCUCUCUUGAAGAGCCUGAUGAACAAGCUCUAGACUGACGGGGACUCCAUCCACAAAACUCUCCCGCUCUUGGAAGUUGAGACUUCGUCUGACCAUCGCAGUGAACUAUGUCCGGAUUCCAGAACGCCGGGAUUACCAAGGGCCUGAUCCUCUUGACCGGAGUCUCCUCCCUGACGAUCGCCCUCGCCGCUCUCAAGCCGUAUGCGCACCUCCAGCUCGUUCCUCAUCUGACCAAGCACAGGCAGAUCUGGAGAUUAUGGACUUAUCAAGCGGCGUAUACAAAUUCGCCUGAAGUGUUGAUGGCCGUCAUGACGAUGUAUCAUAUGGGCGUCCCGGUGGAGAGGAUGUUUGGGAGCCGAAAAUAUGCGUCAUUCAUCUUUCUCGUCUCAACCAUCUCGACCGCACUCUCUCUCCUCGGGAUGAUCCUCCUUCAACCCGUCGUGGGGUUCAACUACGUCCCUGCGGGAUCGUUUGCUAUCGUUGGGGCCAUCGCAUACCAAUACUGGAGACUCGUCCCAACGAUCUACAGGUUCCAGAUCUUUGGGGUUGAAUGCUCGAGCAAAACGUUCAUCUCCUUAUUUCCCGCUUUUCUCCUCUACCUUCAAUUUCCCUCCACCAUCUUCCCUUUUGUCAUCGGCAUCUUCUCGUCCAUGUUUUACAGCUCGGACCUGACCCUCCCGCUCCCAUAUUUACGAUCACAACCGCUAUCCUCGUUCCGUCUCCCUCGGCCCAUCUACCUGCUCCUGCAAAGGCUCCUCUUCCCGCUUGUUGGCGAGUCGGCCGCACCGAGACGAGCGGAUCGAAUUGUCCCGGAUGAGAUGACAGCGGGGAUGAGGGCUCAGCAAGCGGCAGCGAGGGAGGCGAGAGCCAACGCGACGGCUUUGGGAGAGUUACUUGCCCUCAGGACGGCGGCAUUGACGACGGCCACAGCAGCGGCGGCAGCAGCAGCGACGGAAGCCGGACAAGAGGGAGCCAGGCAACGACGGACGGCAGGAGCGGUACCAACGUACAACCUCGAGGGUAUCCAGGACGGGGUCAUCGAGCCUGCUACAACGUCGGAGGCGGUACCGGCACCACCUGCGACGCCCUCUCGUGCGUCCCGACUGGGUUUCGGUGGGUUGUUGAACUCGGUGACAGGUAUACGUCCGACAAGUCCAGGGUCGAGGGAAGACCCCGCAGAGGAGGCGCAACCGAACGCCCCGACAGAAGAGAAUAUACAAGAUAUUCUCAACAUGUUCCCCAAUUUGUCGAGACAACGAGUGGUAGAGGUCCUACAGAGAAGCAAUCAUAACACCGCACUGGCCGUAGAGAUGUUACUGGACGAAAGUCACUAAGGGAACGCCAUUAUUGGCUUAUGUCGCGUACUAUGGCAUGCAUCAUGUUUUUCUGCUGGAAACUUUGCUGUGCGACUGUGGUGUAAUGGCUUCGUGUUGUUGGAUACAUGUUGCGCGGUGCACAGACUGACGUCUCCGCUUCCUCUCCUUCAUCGUUAAGUCCUCUCGCCUAGGCAACUCCCAAGACCUUCAACAAGACCUUGCCGACCCUGACACCGUCGUGCUCCUUCCUUGUUUGCUUCCUCGCUUGUUCAGCAAAUUCAGUGGUGAACGUCCCAUCCGAUUCGUAUCCCGAUAUGAACGGCUCGAUGAUCCUUAA